UCGUUAGUGGCGGCCACCUCCUUCUACUCUUUUAGCUUUACACAUAUCCCAAGAUUACGCGUCCAUCCGAGCAUCACGAGCUCUCUUCACUCCGUUCAUGGAUCAACCAGCCGAUGAUUUGCUGCCUCUCAUCCUUGGAAGAGUUCCAAAGUGGAAAGACCUCUCCCUUGUUUCUGAUAAAGUCAACGAAGUCCUAAAUUGAGAUGUGCAAGAUCGUAGAGGUUCCAACAGUGUCUGGAUCAGGUUCAAGAACGGUGAAACCUUGGUAGAAUGUCAGGUUAAACGAAGUAAAGACUCCAGAACACAUGUCUUAACCCACGAGUUCUUGAAAGUCUUACCUCCGCAGCCGAUUCAGUUCGCCACCUACUUCAGAGGGUGUAUGUACGUGGUCUGUGCCGCCGUACCUUCUUCCUCUCCAACCCGUGUCUACUACUCCGUUGUAGGAACUAACUUUCUUACACAGGUCCCUGUGAUUCUAAUCUUUGGAACCACGCGUAGCUAUAUUAGAGGGCGGAACUGUUUACUGGUAUACGAUAUGUAUACAAACAAAUGGGAGCCUCCAGUCUUUACACCACAAGCUUUUGGUUCUUCUCUCAAUGUUACCGUGAGGAACAGGUUGUAUAUGCUGGCUGCAUCUCCACCCAUGUGGUGGGAUGCUGGGAGUUAUGGACCGUUCCCGAUUUUGAAUGACGGACUCGGCUUGUGUUCUUGCGGAUCAUAUUUUCAUUUUCACCUCGGGUUUGGGGUUGUUAUGUUUUGAUGGUGGAGAUGGACAGACGUGGAAGAGAGUUUUAGGUUUGAGUGAGGUUGUUUGUGGUCUGAGUAAGCCAUUUAUGGCAGAGCUGAAUGGCAGAGUUGCAAUCAUUUGGGUCCAUAAAGAUGAUGAGGAAGUUGAGGCUGACUUCAGCAAGCUGUGCAUGUGUCUGAUAUCGAUAAGUGUGAAUGGAGGCUUUGUAAGAGGAACACAAGAGAAAGUAGAAGUGGUUGAUUUGGUUCCAAGAUCCUAUGAUAUCUACAAAUGCAUUGAAGUUUUAAGUGAGCCUGAGUCUACCACUGCGAGCACUUCUUCAUGAGCCACCAUGCUUUGCAACUCAAAAAUUCUAUGACAAUGGGCUUUGUAUCUCUUUUCUCUCUUGUUUAACUCAACUUCUGUGACAAUGAUGUUGUAUCUUUUUUCUCUCGCUUGUUUAUGUAAACUCUUGUUUAUGUUGGUUAUUUAGUUUGACUAAUGUUGUUUCCAUGAUCUCUAUGAAAACUCUUGUUCAUUUA